AUGACCCAGGAGCAGUACAUCCUCGCGGCGCAGCCCAACUCCCUCCACCAGCGGGGGUCGUCGGUGUGCGGCGCCCAGGUGUACCCCGCCGUCGGGAUCUACGGCUGGAGGAAGAGAUGCUUGUACUUCUUCAUCCUCCUCCUCCUCGUCACGAUGAUUGUCAACCUGGCGCUGACCAUCUGGAUACUCAAAGUCAUGAAUUUCACUCCGGAUGGAAUGGGCAAACUGCGAGUGACCAAAGAAGGAGUGAGACUAGAAGGGGAGUCUGAAUUCCUAUUGCCUUUAUACGUCAAAGAGAUUCAAUCACGGGGGGACAGUCCAUUGAUCAUGCAGUCUGAUAGAAAUGUGACUAUCAAUGCGAGGAAUGGCGAGGGACAACUCACCGGUCAGCUAACCGUGGGCUCAGAAAUGGUGGAGGUCCAGUGUCAGAGGUUUGAGGUGAAGAGCGCGGACGGGGAUAGACUCCUUUUCUCCGCAGAUGAAGAGGAGGUCAGCAUCGGCACAGAAAGACUCCGAGUGACAGGUUCCGAAGGGGUGGUGUUUAGCCAUUCGGUACAGACGUCACAUGUGAGGGCAGAACCUUCCCAGGAUCUGAAGCUCGAAUCUCCGACUCGGACGCUAACCCUCGAGGCCCCCCGGGGUGUUGAGCUGAAUGCCGGCGUUGGGGACUUCACCGCAUCUUGUCGGAAGGACCUCCUGCUGCAGUCCUCGGAAGGAGAGAUCUUUCUAGAUGCAAAUAUCAUCCGUCUGGGCAACAUUCCACUUGGUAGCGCAGUGGACCCAUUGGAAGGAGCGGCAGCAGGUACCACCUACACCAAACAGACGGGGGUGUACGAACUCUGCGCCUGCGCCAACGGCAAGCUGUACCUAUCCCCGGCGGAGAAAAGCUCGACCUGCCAAACCACGAGUAACUUUUGCCUCUGGAGCUGAAAGUGGAGAGCUAAAGAAAAGAGACAGCACCUAUGGAUGAUUGGAGUAAAGCUAAUGCUAGCCAACCGACUGAAUCAAUACGGAUCAAAGCUGGGCUGAAUCGAUAUCGGAAGCCAGCGGACCAGAUCGCCAUGGACUACAGCAUGGCGACAAAUUCACAUUCUUUAAUGAGUCGAAUAAAAUGGAUAAAAAGCUUGGCAGGAUGUCAAAGCACCAGUCGGGAUGGAAUGUGAGUUUGUGCGGUCAACCAGUUUUCCAGUUAACAGAACAUCAAUCAGCAGGGAUGAGUUCUUGGACCUCCGGAAAUCGAGAAUCAACCACCAGUAAGAGGGA